GACACACAGACAGCGUGAGCCCGGAGACGGUACAGACCGUGGCGGGGGAGAGGAGGACACCGACAGCCAGCAGCGUCGCUCGGAUGGUGUUGUUGCUCCGGACGCGGCGACGAUGCGGCCACACUGCUGGGUGAUGGUGGCGCUGGCGGGGACCAUGUCGUAUCUUAGCCCGGAGAGAGCCCUCGGAGCCCCGCAGAGGGAAGUUUCUCAGACCAGGGCUGCCUCCCUCUCUCCUCCUCCCUACGUCGUCAUCCUCAUCUCUUGCUCGGGGCUCGUCUCUUUUGUCCUGCUGCUCCUGACCUGCCUGUGCUGUAAGAAAGGAGGAGUGGGGUUCAAUGUAAGUCUUCAACAUGAGUUUGACAAUGCAGACGGAGAAGAGAUCUCUGGAGGCUCCAGUCCUAUCCAAGAGGACAGCCUGUCGUCAUGUCCCUCCCUCCCUGAGGUCUACACCUUGCCGGUCAGAGACAGGCCCACCUGCCCUGCCCUGCAGGAUGGAGCAGACUCCAAGUCGCAGUGCUUCAAAAGACACGCUUUAAACUAUCUUCAGGAAAUAGGAAAUGGCUGGUUCGGAAAGGUGAUCCUGGCCGAGGUGCUGUGUGACUGCAGCUCCUCUCAGGUCGUGGUGAAGGAGCUGCGUGUCAGUGCCAGCCCUCUGGAGCAGAGGAAGUUCUUGGCAGAGUCCGAGCCGUACAGGAGCCUAAAACAUCCGAACGUCCUUCAGUGUUUGGGGAAGUGCAGUGAGAGCGUCCCCUUCCUCCUGGUUAUGGAGUUCUGUCAACUGGGCGACCUGAAGAGGUACCUGAGGGCCCAGCGCAAGUCAGAUGGGAUGACUCCUGACCUGCCCACUCGGGACCUCUUGACUCUUCAGAGAAUGGCUUUUGAGAUCACCUCCGGUCUGCUGCAUCUCCAUGAAAACAAUUACAUCCACAGCGACAUGGCUUUAAGAAACUGCCUGCUGAACUCUGACCUCACUGUCAGGAUAGGUGACUACGGCCUUUCACACAACCAUUACAAGGAGGACUAUUACCUAACUCCUGACAAGUUAUGGAUCCCGCUGCGCUGGAUUUCUCCUGAGCUGCUGGAGGAGUACAGAGGAUCUCUCAUCGUUACUGACCAAACCAAGGCCAGCAAUAUGUGGUCCUUGGGGGUGGUUAUAUGGGAGCUGUUUGAGUUUGGCUCUCAGCCCCACAGACACCUGAGUGACGAAGAGGUGCUGACCUUCGUCAUUAGGGAGAGACAGAUCACCCUGGCUCAGCCCAGACUCAAACUCUCCCAUGCCGACUACUGGUAUGAGAUCAUGCAGUCCUGCUGGCUACCUCCAUCCCAACGCCCUUCUAUCGCAGAGAUCUUCCUCCUCCUCUCCUCCCUCCUGGCAGCAGAGCGAGGAAUAGCAAGGGAUAGUGUUGGGGAAGAAGAUGAAGAGGAUGAGGAGUAUGAGGAGGGCAGUAGAAGGCGAGGGGAGAGCGAUGAGUCGUUUGAAAGACGCUGGGACUUACUCCGACCGCCGGCUUUCCAGAUUGCAGCAAACGAGCGGCAACGGGAGAGAGAGUACGGAAGGGAGGACAGAGACAACUCCUACCCCCUGCUGGACCCUGUGGGGAACUGUAUCAACGCGUCCUCGACUGAACUGGACGACAUCCUGACAGUCACCGAAACCAGCAAAGGCUUGAACUUUGAGUAUUUCUGGGAGAAGGCUCAUUCCAGACGCGGCUACAAACCUCUCCCUCCUCCCCAGCCAAUCCCAAGUGUGAACAAUAACCACAGGCAGUCUCUGGACACUCCCACCGUCGUCCCGGUGAUAAGCGCCCGCAGCCCCUCCCUCGCCAGCGAGUACUACAUCAGAUUAGAGGAGCACACUCCCCAGGACAAGUCGCCAACUCUUAAAGGGAAGUCUUUCCGCUCUGACUCGAUCUGCCUCGGAGACAUGGAGUUGAUGGAGAUCCGCAGUGGAAUGCUGGGAAAAGAGCGAGUCCCUUAUUUCUCGUCUGACAAGUGUGGGAAGGGUAUCCAGACGGUGAGAUCGAGCGAGGUUCAUCUCCAUGUGCCCAACACAGGGGUGGCUGAGUUCAGAGACACUUCGAGCAGAGUGACUGACUUCUCAGUAGUCGAUUUAGGAGACGAUGAUGAUGAUGAGGAGGACAGGAGACGGAGUAGUGAUCCGGAUAAAAUAGCCCCGGUCCUUCCUCCCAAGCCUCGCUCUAUGUCCAUGUCGUCAGCCAACCAUCUCUACUCGCGCCCCCUCCCCGCUCCUCCACUCGGUUACAGAGGACUGCCUCACUACACCAUCGGGGGGAAAAUCGAAACAGACCCCCAUCACAUCACUACCUUUAAUCACCUGGGCCUCCAUAGGGCCCGACAGACACUACCCCCAUCCCCAUCGCUAUCCCCCUCCCUUCCCCCAUCCAGCCAUCCGAUCUACCCCCAACCUCCUCAAAUGUGUCCCCCACCCCUCCCUCCCCACUCCAAACCGCAAAGAGGUUUUCCCAGCUACAACACAGCGGAGACUUAUUCCAGAUACAGUCGGCCGCAGAUGCAGAGUUCGAACAGAGACCCGCUAUCCUGUGACUUGUCUGACAGAGAGGGUGGCAGCAGGCAUUUAGCAUCCUUGCACAACUCCAAGGACAGUUCCCAUUCUCGUGCAAAAGACUUUGACUCCCCCAUUCGCAGAGAAAACCCGUUUCGCCCAAUUUACCGUAAUUUACCCCGCCCUCAUCCUGACAGACAGUCUUCAUCAAGUCCUACCUACUCAGACGAGGAUGACUCUCCUUUUACGUCCCCAGAGAGAAGCAGUGGGAACUCUGUCCCUCACUCCAGCCUCUCUGAAGAUGCAGACCCUUCCGCUGGAGACUCCUUCUCCAGGGGAAUGAAAAGGACUCAGUCCCGACUUGACACCAUCCUGCCGGCCAUCUGGAGGGAAGAUGCUGAACUCCUUUCUGAACGUGUGGCCGCUGCCAAAAAAUCCCCCAUGCAUCUGUUUCUGACGGAGAUCUCGAGUGUGACAGAGUCCACUGAGUCCAAGUCUGAGGCUCCAUGGGAGGGAAAGAAGGAGGAGAAAAGAGAUGGAGAGACGUGGGGGAACUUUGUUUUGCCCAACAGAGGGAUGCGGCGCUCCCGGUCGCUGAUCACAGAGCUUGGGUCAGCAGGACAGUCAUGGGGGUCAGAGAAACGCAACCACAGCUCGGGAAAUGAGGAGGACCAAACAGUCACUAACGAAUCAGUUCAGAGGGAUCUCUUCCUCACAGAGAUUGACACAGGCAUGGACACGGGUCCAGAGGGAGGAUCUCAACCCGAUCCAGUCAAAUACCUCUAUCCUUCAGGAUCCAGGUUGCGGCCCUAUGUCUGUGCGCCUGGCCUGCCCACGUACACCGAGGCUGAGGAAGCGUACUCUAAAGGAAUACGGAGAUCCCGCUCCCUCCUCUCUGAGAUCACUGUCGGGAAGCAGGAGUCUGACCUGCAGCAGGAGCCUGCCAAGACAGAGAUGACCAGGGAGGAGUUCCUGAAGGAGAUCCAAUCAGCAGAGACCUUCCUGACGGAAAUCAUAUCCAGACAAAAUGCUGCCACAAACAAAAAGGAGACAGAUUCAUCUUACUCCCCUACUCCACUAUCUCCUGAAUACGAGUCCAUUUGCAUUGACCCAGGCUCCGCUCAGACCAUCAGGUUUCAGUCGGAGAGCUCCAUACGAGCAUCCAACAAAGGAAAAGAGGAAACACCAACUGAGGCCAUCUAUGCUCAAGUGACCAAGAGGGCUAAAAAGAGCGAGAUAAAGGUUUCUAUGAAACCGGAGAUCCCAGUCCUUCAUAUAGGAUCAAAUAAACAACCUCUCACAUCGGACAGCGAAGGAAGCGAUGCUGAUCACUGCCAAUCUGGUGAUUUUGUGUUUUCAGAAAUCAUGCCCAAAAACGGCCUCCUGCACAACCAAACACAUGCAAGUCAGAAUGAGGAGGAGACUUUAGAUGGCCCCGCUUUACCUGCAAGAGGAGAGCAAACAGCAGAAUCCAACACUGUGACACAGCAGGAGAAUGAAUCGCUGGAAACAGAUACUCAAAGAGAAGAUGUUAUAGGGAAUGGAGGGUUAAUGAGAGCAGACAGGGCAAGCAGCCCUGAGAGAGACGAUCAGACAACAUGUGAUGUUGACCAAGAAAAGUACCACACUGAUAUCAUUUCUGCAGUGGAUUCUGAAAAUAUCACUGCAGCAGAUCUGGAGAAUUUUGGUUCUCAGAUUCAUGAUGAGGCAAAGAGAGAAAACAAUGACACUGAGCAGGAAAAACCUUGUCACAUUUCCCAAGAGGAAGCCGCUCCUGCUAUCACUCCAACUACUCCAGACUGGGACCCCUCCUCUGACGUCUCACUCAUGACCCCCACAGACUCGGUCCUGUCUCCUUUGACUUCAAACUCAGCCGACUGUCUCACACCCAGUGACUCAUGGACGAGCAGCGGAGGCGGAGUGGGAAGUGGCGGGUGGCGAGCUCUGGGAAAUGAAACACCCCAUCGAGACUCUGCAUAUUUCUCAGACAGCGACUGGGAGGGGGACGGGAUGACCAGGAGGAGCAGUGAUGGACUCAUGGCCUCCAGGCCGAGCAGCAGUCGAGCAGCAGACAGGGGAACUCUGACUGGGAUAGAGGAGAAAACUGAGGAGGAGGGGGAGAAUGGAGAAAAGAGCCCCUUAAGAAAUAGUAAAAAGACGUCGGAUAAGAAAAGUGAAAGUGGAACAACUAUUGAGAUGUGUGAGGAAAGUAUAACUUUAUAUCAACAUGCUACAGAGAAUUCUGUCCCUGAUUUAGGUGAUGAUGAAGAUUCUCUGAACAAAGAGCUUGAGUCAACACAGAGAGAUGACUCUGGCAUUUUCCAAAACGAGAGCAAAGAGUCAUCACUGCUUUGUGAUGAUCAGCAGGCCAAGGACUGUGUUGACUUAAUUGAUAAGUUAUUCACAAAAUUAGAUGAUGAGCCACUGAAAGGGCUUCCUCACAGCAGCGGGUAUCCGAUAGACAACGACUACACAGAUGGCGUCGUCGCUCAGAUAACAGAUUGCAAAUACCAGGACGCUGCAGAGAACAAAUUUAAUCUGCAAUCCAAGAGCCUCGCUGAGAAAAACGUUUUGAUCGAGGCUCUAUCUGACAGUCUGUCAAAGGAUUGCGUCUUGAGGCCCAACACCACAAGUAUAACAGAGACUGAUAUUGAUAUUUCUGCAAUGAACUCUCUCAAAUGUGGAAAUGACGCUGUGCAAUCUGCAACACCAUCUCAAGAUGACAACAGAGAGUCAAGGUUAUCCACCAUGUACGGAAUUCAAAGCAGUGACCCCACACUCGGAGAUCCAGCGGCGUCAGUAGUCGAGUCAAGCGAUGACGGGACGUCUGUCUUUGAUAAAGAGAGUGGUCUGAUUAGUCCUUCUUGGGCCGAGGAGGGUGAUGAAGAGUCUGAAGGAGGUGAAGAGAGGCCGGGGCUGGACCACAACGAGCUGGGCCUGAGAAACCUGCAAUGCUCAGAAGGCAGCGAGGUAAAGAAGGUCACGACGGAGACGGAAACGGAGACGGAGACGGAGAAACAGCUGGCUGCCACAGAGCUGAGUAACGCCAUGAAGGAAAAGUCCCCCUUGAGAGGGACAGUGAGUCGGAUGGACUCUGCUAACAAUGUGGAUAAUAACUCCUGUGAGGGCCUGGAUGUGAAGACUAAAGAGUUAUGGAGCGCCCUGGAGGAGGAUGAAGAACUAACAGGAUCUGGUGUCGUUAGGGGGGAGUUUGACUGCCAUCGUUUUUUACAGUCAAGUGAUUUACGGUUGUGGCCUGAUGAAAAUGACCAGUGGGCCUCACCAGAGAGGAGGAGCCAAGAUGUUGAACUCAGGUCUGAAUUGUUCUCUGGGUUCAGUAAUAAAGCCUGGGAGGUGGGGGAAAGGCUCGUUGUGGGUCAGGAGUUUUGGGAGGCUGAAGAAAACGAUGAACUUGCAGGAAGUGAAACUCAUCCUGCCAUCUUGGCGGGCAGUGAAGAAACCAGGAACGAGGAAACACAAGGACUUGUGGGUAAUCUUGCCCUGAAGGAAAGGUGGGACUCUGCAGACAGUGAUGAUCAACAGUUGGAAGAAGUGGUAGAGAUACAACAGGUAGAGAUACAACAGGAGGAAAAUAUUGAGAACUUCAUAGAAAUUGGCUGUCUCAACAAAGACCUGGAAAGAGAAACCUCAGAUAUUGAAGUAGAGAAUAAAGAAAUCCCAGAGCAGGAGUCCUUGGAGAAGGACGAGAGUAAGAUUUUAUGUACAGACAACGAAGGUCUGCAGGACUCCACAGAGACGGAAGAAAAUCAAAAUUUUAACAGAUGUCCUCAGAAUCUCCAAAAAGACGAAGAGACAUCAGCCAAGCAAAUUGAUGAAACCAUCUCUAACCCAGAGAGCUGCUUCAGUCAAACUUUAGAAAGCUCAAGUAUAAUUAUUUGCAUCACCGAAGCUCCUCAUGAGAACCUUUCCCACCUGGAAAAUGUUGAAUCAGGCGCAGAAUCAGAGGAGGAAACAAGACCAUGGCAUGCUAAGGAAUACGUAGAAGAGAGAGUAAGCAUUAUGAAUGAAGAAGAGGAUUACAGAGACUUGCCCCCUCCACCCAAUCCCAUCUAUUGUCCUGAUGACCUUGAUAUGCAGGAGGACACAGAUCCACAGGUCGACAAUUUCAGCUCGGUAGAUUUCCCUAGUCCUCCACCAAGCAUAGACCUUGAUGUGCAAGAUGAUAAAUUGGAGAGUUUAGACGACUCUUUUCCUAGCCCACCGCCAUCUGUUAUCGAGGCAGAGGAGUUUAUUAGUCACAUUAAUCUUGAAGACUUUAUUGCUAGUACUGAGACAGAGUCGUAUAUUUCCCCGACUCACAGCGCAGACGUGUCAGAGCCACCUCUACAAGAAUCACCACCUGCUACAACUCAGAGUAAAGGGAUCUCAGCCAACCUGAACCUCCCCACUGUGCAUAUAACCCUGGCCGAUGAGAGCGACCUCACACCCAACACAGAAAUACAGGAUGAACCGAAUAAUCUGUUCCAGGAAACUUCAUCUGCCACCCCAUCUCCACCCCAGGUUCCCCUCAACAACCUCCCAGAAUUACUGAUUUCAGAGUGGAAAGAUUUGGAUGAGGAGCCCCUGGAGGAUUUUGAAAAACUGGAACAACUGUGCUGCAUUUCUGGGGACGAAGAGGACUCUCUGGGCGACCUUUUUCUGGGGAACCUGGAGAUCCUGGAGUCUCUGAAGAAGACACCUGAGCAGAAGGGCAGCAGUGUUGGUGAAAGUGAUGAAGGUGAGAAGACAGGUGGCUCCUCUACUCCUGAGGGGAGCAGGGGGGAUUCGAAUGACGAGUCUGAUACUCUGGCAAAGUCAACACCACAGCUGAUCCUGGAUUCUCAAGAGAAGAAGAACGACGGCCAGAGAUCACAGAGUGAAACAUCUGAUGUCAAAGACCAUGGCUCUCUCUCUAAGAUGACAACAAAAAAUGGCCUCAUGAUGCAGGUGUGUGAGGAAAGGCUGCAGUUCUCCCUCAGUGAAAAUGUGAAAACGAACAUGCUCUGGGGGUCGACUGUCAAAGACACGGCGAUGAUCAGACCCUGGAGCGAACAAAUCGCAGAGAACAGCAGUGAGCUGGUCACUGUGACGGAGCAAAACGAGGAUGAAAGCCAAGAGGAGCAGGAAAGUUCCCCGAGCUUUCAGCCGCACACGGAGUCUGAAGAAACUAAUGCUGAGCCGCUCACUGUGAUUGAACAACCUGAGGUCACAACCCCUCAGCCUACUGCGAACCAGGCUAUGAAAGCAAAACUUGCUCGUCUGUCCCUCGCCCUCCCUCCUCUCGCUCUGACUCUGCCCCUCACCUCCUCUGGAAAAGGAGGGUUUGGGGACGGUGCGAUUGGAAAUCGAAUUGUGAGACGGAGAGGUCUGUCCUCAGGAAGCGACCCUGACGAUGAGGAGGAGGAGGACGAGCAGGAGGACGAGAGCUCCCGGAGGGUGAUAGUCGUCACAGAAACAGAUAUGGACAAACGCGUCGGGCUCAGGAGUUUACUGAAAUCACCGAAGGAGCCGAUGGACAGAGAGAAGGACAGAGGAAGAAACGUGUCCUUUUUUGAUGAUGUCACAAUCUAUCUUUUUGAUCAGGAAACUCCAACCUAUGAGUUGGGCAGUUCAGCGCCCACAAGUCCAGCCCCUGUGACGGUCAAAAACAGCAAGUUGGAUUUGCGUGGAAACAUCAAGAGCAAAGAAUCAAAAAGGAAGGAGGAUCUAUCAAUCAAACCAAGGUCGUCUGUGGGGUCAAAACACGUAUCAUCGUCGCGCUUCACUGUCAGCCCUGCCAACGACCCCCACCUCGCGUGAUGUUACGUGUCGUCGUGGGAACCUGUGGGAGCUGAACCCUCUCGGACUGGCCAGCAAAUUAACCCCAACAACCAGCCAUUCACCCAGAGGCUAUUUUUUUAUUGAAGAGGCAACGAAAGAUUGAAGCUCCUGUUCUCAAAGCUGGACACAUUCCAGGUUUUACCAGCGACAGGAUUUUGUAUGACAGGGCUUGUUGUGCUCCUGCCUGCCACUAUUUACAGAGUUUUAUUCUUUAAGUCUUUGGAAAAGGCAGCAUAUGCUAGGAGAAGAGGAGCCUGGAGCUUUGUAAAAUCUGAAACAGAUUUGACAGCUAUGCAGUGGGAGUCUUGCUGUGUACCAGCUUACCUUCUCUCUUUCUUCUUCAUUCUGUGGUAUUAUUCCCCAGAUGUGCGGGGAACGCACUUUCUUUAGUCAUUCAUUCGUCUAGGUAAACGCUUGGAUUCCAUUCCUCUCUUUAUUAAAGACGUUUUUCAUUGCAGUCAGUCAGAUGUUCUUGCAGCAGUUUGGAGCAGAAAUUGCUUGACUCCUGUAUUUGACAACACUCAUUUGCAUUUGUACAAAUGUCAUAAUACAAGUGAAUACAACAUCAUUUUAGAGCUGUUUACUUUUAGAUGUAUUCUUAGACUGCACGUAAAAUGAAACAAGCUAUGCUUAUUUUAUACUUUAAGUUCCAAAAAGAUUUGUUGUUAAUUUAUAUUAAGUAUAUUUAUUUUAUUUAUUUAUUUAAAGCAAGUUUUCAUGCAAUAUUUUAUUGAUUUGAUUAUUUAUUAAUUGUAUUUAUUUUAUUUACUGCAAUUAACCUAUUAACUUUGCUCUGAUUUGUUUGGGACAGAAUGCAUCUGGUUACAUCUUCUCUAAGAUCUUCAUAACAAAUAAAUCAAAAAUAUUUUCCCAAACGUCUUAAUUGCUAAAAAAAUAAGUAUUUUGUAUAAUUUUACUUGUUAAUAUAUGCCAAUCUGUAAGAAAAUAUGUCCUGUAAUGUGUCAUUAUUUUUCGAAUGUCUAUGAAUUUUUAGCUGUCUUGUCAUUAUUUUUACCUUGUUUAAAGACCGCUAUCGUAGUUUAGCAUGAAAAAUUGAAGCCUUUCAUCUGUAAAUAAUUCCAUUUGUUUGUGUAUCUGUUAAUUUACCCCAUUUUCUACUAAUAACAGUCCAUCAUGCAGUCGAGGUCCAACUAGUCCAUUUGUUUAGUCUGUUUAAAUGUUGGUUAAAAACCUGUAUUGUUUAAACAAUUGUUUUCGAGGGAUAAUGUAUAAACAAGGGGAAAUAAAAACUACAAAAUGUGAACCUCUUAA